AUGGGAGAAGAAGAAAAUAGCAAUUCUAUAAUCAAGUUAAAUAUUGGAGGAAAAAAGUAUUCCACGAAACAUAAGACUUUAGCAUCAUCAAUAUUUUUUGAAACUUUACUUAAUGGGCAGAUGCAAAAAUAUGUCUUAUCCGGAAAAAAUGGUGACGAAAUUUUUGUCGACCGUGAUGGUGACAUGUUUAGACAUGUGCUACAAUACUUAAGAACUGGGAUCCUUUUUAGCAAAAAAGAAAAUGUAUUGAAAAAGAUUAAAUUGGAAGCCAAAUACUAUGGACUAAAAAAUUUGGUAAAUGAUGUUAAUACACGCUUGCAUGAUUUGUCACAGAAUAAAGAUACGUAUAUAUUUACCGAUUCGGAAAGGUUGAUAGAACAGCAUUUGGGAAACGCCAAACUAUCAGGAGCCAAACAUGAUCAAAAUUCAACAAAAUUACAGGUUGUCCGGUCGUUCGAUACAGUCGAAAGACGAACAAGAUGCUACUUGGAUCAUUCCGGAGAUGGUGGAGGAAACGAUAGUACUUGUCUACAUGAAAACAAAAAGACAAAUGAUUUGCAUAUGAAAAGAGUAAUUGUACGGAGAUAUAUUUACUUUUAUGAGCAAAUUUACGUUCACUACUUCUUUUACCCUUCCGCGAUUUAUGUAUAUUUAAUUGAAAAAGAUAUGAGUCGCGAUAUUUUACCAGAAGAUAGUACUUUAAUCAAGCUAAACGUUGGUGGUAUAACGUAUCACACUACUUAUGGAACUUUAAAAAUGUCGCCUUAUUUUAGACAGCUGUUAGAUAACGGUACUGCUGGCCUCGAUAAAUUGGAAAAUGGCGAAAUUCUAAUCGACAGAGAUGGAUAUUUGUUUAAUCAUAUUCUGGAGUACUUACGUUGCUUUGAAGUAUCUGAUAAUGACUUGGAGGAGCUUAGAAAUGAAGCAGAAUUCUAUAUGUUAAAAGAAAUGAUCGAAUGUAUCGAUAACAUGCUGGUCCAACGGUCAUACUCUGUCAAAAAAGAAUACAUGCUUAUAACGUUAGAGGAGUUGAAACAGCUUUCCUCCUUGUCAUCUAAAAACGAGAACGUUGGUAUAGACCCGCUUUAUAAAGAUUACGAGCUUAUCUCUGUUGUAGAUUAUGCAGAGCUAAAAUUAAAGUGUACCCGACAUAAUGAGUUUAUAAGCGAAUGCCAGAAGAAGGACCGCCGAGACUGUCACCAGCAUGUACAGUUAGAUGGCACAUAUCAAGUCAGCAAACUACUCGUUGCCAAAAAAUUGGAUACAAACCCAGAGAGAGCUCAAUAA